AAUAAUAAUAAUAAUAAUAAUAAUAAUAAUAAUAGCAUUCAUCAUGAUGAUGGCUCAAACGAUCAUUUAACACCAGAACAACGAGCACAAAUGAUUAAAUUCCUUGCAUCUCCAGUCCAUUGUAAAUUAUUUGUUGAAAAGUUAUCUAUUAAAGGUGAUUCGGAACUUAGAAAAGCAGAGAUUAUUUUAGCAAGAGAAACGAAAAAUCAACCUCGCGCACUUGAAUAUUAUGUACAUUACGUUGAAUUCAAUAAACGUCUAGAUGAAUGGGUCCCAUUCAAACGACUUGAUUUUAGUAAAGGUGUUGAAUUUCCAAAACCAACUCAUAAAAAAACAAAGAAAAAUGUUUCUACGACGUCAAGUCGUGCAUCAACACCUAUGAAAAGAAAGAUGGAAAGCGAAGUCAAUACACCUUCUUCAGAUGGAGUGCAGGAAGAGGUUAUAUUGACAGAGGAAGGAGAGGAGGAGGAUGAGAAAGGAACGAUUACGAUAAAAAAGAAAGAACCAGAAAAGGAACCAUUUUCAAAGGAAAAAGAAAUUGAACGACUUCGUACUUCAGGUUCAAUGACUCAAAACUUAAGUGAAGUGGCGAGAGUAAAGAACAUGAACAAGAUUCAGAUGGGUGAGCAUGAGGUAGAAACAUGGUAUUUUUCACCUUAUCCUAAAGAAUAUGCUUAUUGUGAUACAUUGUAUAUUUGCGAAUUCUGUCUUCAAUUUUAUGAUUCCCAUAAACGACUUGAGCGACAUCGUACACGAUGCCAAUUACAACAUCCUCCAGGCAAUGAGAUUUAUAGAAAGGAUGACAUUUCGUUUUUUGAAAUAGAUGGACGAAAGCAAAAGACAUGGUGUAGAAAUCUAUGUUUACUCUCCAAAUUAUUUCUAGAUCAUAAAAUGCUUUACUAUGAUGUUGAUCCAUUUUUAUUUUAUUGCAUGACACAGAGAGAUGAAUUAGGUUGUCAUUUAAUUGGUUAUUUUUCAAAAGAAAAGGAAUCGGCAGAGAAUUAUAAUGUAGCCUGUAUCUUAACAUUACCUCAAUAUCAGCGUCAUGGCUAUGGUAGAUUAUUGAUCGCUUUUUCAUAUGAAUUAUCAAAGAUAGAAGGUAAAACAGGAUCACCAGAGAAACCAUUAUCUGAUUUAGGUUUAAUGUCUUAUCGAGCUUAUUGGAUGGAUACAAUUGUGGGAUAUUUACUAUCAACAAGUGAAGAAGUAACGAUAGAAGAGAUAUCACAAAAGACUUCUAUUACCACACAAGAUAUCUUACAUACUCUUCAAAGUAUUGGUGCUUUAAGAUAUUAUCGUGGACAGCAUAUUAUUUGUUUAGGUGAUAAAGUAAUUGAACAAUGGGAAAAGAUGCAGCAAAAGAAGAAGCGGAUUAUAUCACCAGAAAAACUUAAUUGGAGACCUAUCCAUUUUACUUCUUCUCAGUUAAGGUUUUUGUAAAUAAAGCGAAUAAUCAUAAUGCAUAAUAGAAAAGAAAAGAAAAGAAAAUGUAAAUAAUAAAGGAUGUCUACAACUAUUGUGUUUCAUUAAGCAUUUACCCUUUACUGUUAGUUUCAAACAUAAAUGUGC